AUCUCAUCGAUUUUGUGCUGUAUAUUCAGAAAGAAAAAAGAAAACCCUAAUCUUAGAUUCAGAAAUCAAACCCUAAUUUCUCAUCCUUUUGAUUGAAUUUGUAUCCUAUAUUUGUUGUGUAUAAUAAUGGUUAAUUCAAAGGAAGAUAAAUUUGUUGUUGGUGGUGGUGAUAAUGAAAUCGAUGGUUCUGAUCUUGUAAAUCAAGUAAAUGGUGUUCAGGAGGAUGAAUUGGAAGUUGAAGUUGCUUUGAUGGAUUCGUCUACGAGUGUAUCAUCAUCGUCGUCAUCAAGACUUGUGGUGAACAGGAGGAGUGGUACAAAUGAAGGUAGUUUUACAGAGAGGUUAAGAGAUAUACUAAGUGGUGAAGGAGGAGAUGAAGAUCUAGCGAAUGAUAGAGGGAAUAAUUUUGUUCAGUGGCUUCAAGCUUUGGAUAUACAGUUACUUGGUGCUUGUCGGGCGGAUGAGAGGAUGAAGCCUUUGUUUAAGUUGAAUGUGUCAAGUGGUGUAGCUGAAGAUCGAUUGCUUGCUCACUUGAGUCAGCAUUUUGAUGCAGCGGAGGUUGGGAUACUAGCCAGAUGCUUGUUUAUGCCACUUGUGUCGAUUCGUGUUGGAAAGGUCAUCAAGCAAGGGUCUCUUCUUCGUCCAACUGCUGAAAGGGGAAAUCUGAACCUGACACUGUUACCAAACUCAGAUUUGCGCAUCUCAUUCGUUGGAGAUGAUGGUUCCACUGAAAGAUUGGCUACGCUCAGUGAAGUUUCAGAAAGUUCUAUGGUAGUAAUCAAAGAAAUCCAGGCUGAUAGUUCUGGUCGUUCUUUUCUUGUGCAAGUCCUGGGUGGUCAAGACUCAUAUUUCUGGUGUUCUGAGAAGUCAAAGGCGUUCGGUCAUCAGUUACUGGCGAAGUUGAAGGAUUUACUUGGGAAAAAACCAUCUUUGUCAAAGCUAACUGGAAUCUCCGAGUCACGACUUGACUGCUUUGCAGUGCAUCUUCACGAAUAUCUUCUUGGAUCAUUGACUGGCGCGAAAACAAGCACGUCCGAUGAAAUGAUCUCUUUGUUAGGCUCUGCAUUUGACGAGUCAUCCGAAUUUCAUUCCAGCACCCUAGUCUCAUCCUUGUCUUCAAAGCCUUUUCGUUCUCAACAGAACAACAGUAAUGUGGCAGCUGCAAAUUCGCUUAAUCAGGGAACCUCAAAUCGCUUAGUUCCCCUCUUGGAAAAUCAGCUUAUGGAAAACCUUAGGCUGCAUGGAGACAGUUCUUGCAGCUUUCCAGGGAUUGAUGACUUGCCUCUUUUUUCUACAUCCACGAUCAACGAGCUUCCAACAAGGCAAACUGAUAAUAUACCAACAGAGUCCGGCACAUUGGCUCCUCUCUCAUCUGUUAGCCUGGAAUCUCUUGGAGCGUUUACUCCUUUAAAUGCAUCAUCCCAGAAUCUUCCCUCAUUUCAAGUUUCCACUCCAGGUUCUACUCUUUUCUCUCCCUACAACAACUGUUGGUAUCCCCCUUCGGCACCAACCCUGCAAUAUACAGUUACAGCACCACAUUUACCAAUGACGUUGCCUGAAUCUCUUUCUCUGCCACCAUUAAUAUCAGCUGUUAGAUCGUCCUCAAGUCCACCGAUCCAACCUAUGCCGUCGCUACAUUUGGCUAAUUUUCCAUCAUUAGAUUUCACUGAUUUUAAGACAGAUCCAAUGGUACAUGUACAUUUGUCAGGCUCAUCUUUCAUUGCAGGGCCUAGCUCACAGCAAAUUCCAGCUUUUACGCCUUUGUUCUGUGACUCAAUUGUACACAUUCCUGUUCUUGAUGUUUGCUCCUCCGGCGGUCAAGGCUACUUGGUAAGUGCAGGCCCAGCUAUUUCAACCACGAUCAUCCCUCCUUUACACCAAAACAUUGUUAACCCUUUGAUGCCACAAACUGAAUCUUCGGCGGAGAAGGGAGCCAGGGAAACCCUGCAGUUAUUGCUAGCUUCAACGCAGAUGGUGAACAGCCCACAGUUGAUGAUGCAGCAGGUUCUUACCCUAACUGAAGAAAAGCCAUGUAGUAACAGUAUCUCUUUUGCAGCAAGUCAUGGUCUGUACAGUGGAAAUAGAGAUGUCAAUGCUAUUAUUGCUAACAGCAUUGCGACUAUUCCUAUGAUGUCCUUGCCAAAUGGGGUAUCUGGUGCAGGUCUGUUUACAAAGAAUAGUCAUGAUGAUGGCAGCAAUGAAUCAGAAAUUCAGUCUGGAUUUGGAGGAAGAUCGUAUUUCUUGGACGAUGGUGAUGAUGCAAGGGGUUGUUCUUGAUUGAAUCAUGUCAUAUCCCAAGCGAUGAUGGUAAAGGCAUUCAGAUAUAGGUAUUAGUUGAACUUCAUGUAGUAGUACAGAAUAUAUUUUUACUAGUAGUAGUCAUUUUGGGUGUAGCCUCUUUUUUUUUUGGCCCUUUUAAAUGGGCAAUAGUGUUCAAAGGAAAAGGAAAAGUAAAAGAAAGUGUAAAUGUGAUGUAAAAACUGUCUUUAAGAAAACAUUUUCAACUGGUAUUGUUGAAAAGGUUGUUGUUAGUGCUAUUAGUUA